UAUAAAAAGGUUCGUAUCUUGCUCUGGGUAGAGACAUGUGCUGACGUACUAAUGCUGCGUUCUGGCUCCUCGGAAGAUUUCUAACUGUACUUAACCAUUGUUUACUGUUCCACGUACUGCUCACGUCACUAUCAUGAAACAAUCCGAGAAGAUAUGUCGUGGUUGUAAUGAGCUGAGCUGAUUGACUGGUCGAGGUUGGAAGGAUCCGUUUUAAGUUGGAUAAAUGUGUCAAAGGGGCGUUGCUGUACCAAAGGGAAAACGGAAAUUCCGACUUACCAGGAAAACAUGAACGCACCAUCAAACUGCCUGUUCUAGGCCGCCUUGACAACCGAACCACCCACCCUUCCCCUCCCUGUCUGCUAAACGGGUCGGCAACCUUAAACAAGCACACACCUUUUUUUUGUUCUCUUUUGAAACAUCGGCCAUCCCUUUAUUUGUUUUAAUUGAAUCGUGGUUUGUGUAGACCUUAUCAUGGCGGCGAGUGCGAAACGAAAGCAAGAAGAGAAACACUUGAAGAUGCUGAGGGAAAUGACGAGUUUGCCUGCCAACAGAAAGUGCUUUGACUGCGACCAGCGCGGUCCGACCUAUGCCAACAUGACGGUGGGCUCCUUCGUGUGUACCUCCUGCUCCGGCAUCCUACGAGGACUAAAUCCACCCAACAGAGUCAAGUCCAUCUCUAUGACAACCUUCACACAACAGGAAAUAGAGUUUCUUCAGAAACACGGUAAUGAGGUAUGCAGACAGAUCUGGCUUGGCCUUUAUGAUGGCAAAACCACCUCAGUGCCGGAUUUCAGAGAACCACAGAAAGUCAAAGAGUUUCUUCAAGACAAAUAUGAGAAAAAGAGAUGGUAUGUACCACCUGAGCAGGCUAAGGUCGUGGCAUCAGUCCAUGCUUCUAUCUCUGGCUCCUCAAACAGUAGCAACAGCAGUACUCCAGAGGUUAGACCUCUAAAAUCCCUCCUGGGGGACUCAGCCCCUACCCUGCACCUUAAUAAGAACACCCCACCUAAUCAGUCUCCAGUGACCAGCCGUGGACACACCCAUCAGCAGCAUGACAAGAAGUUUGACCUCCUCAGUGACCUAGGUGGCGACAUCUUUGCUGCCCCACCAAAAAUGAGCACAGGCGCCGGCUCGAGUUUUGCAAACUUUGCACAUUUCAACAGCCACACAAUGGCACAGAAUAGCAACACAAAUGCGGGCUUUGCAAAUUUUGAUGCAUUUGGGAGCAUUCCUGGGUCAAUGUGUGCGUUCCCCUCAGCACCCCAAGCCUCAUUCCAAGCCUCAAACACAGCAUUCACUGUGCUGUCAUCCAGCCGCAGUAUGUGUACGUUUGCAAGUGCUCUGCCUCUCCAGGCUCCAUACAGUAGUGCUUCAGGGGGACUAGCCAAUGCCAGUUUUGCAAAUUUUGACAGCUUCCCCAAAUCAUGUAGUGCCGACUUUGGAUCCUUCAGUUCGUUCACCCAGAGUAACUUCACAGGAGCAGGCGGGGACGCGGUUCAGAGUACUAGAGUCCCUGCCGAUAGAUAUGCAGCCCUCGCUGACCUGGAUAACAUGUGUAGCUCUGGCAAAACAGAGCAAGACACUGCUAUUCCUGGUGGGGCAAGCUCAACUGCUGGGAUGCCUCAGAGUCAGCGAGCACCUGCACCUGGAGGAGGGGACCGCUAUGCUGCUUUCGCUGAGCUUGAUACAGUUUUUGGCCCUUCUGCCCCCUCUAGUGUUUACAAUAACAACAGCAGCAGCGCACAAGGGGCUGCAUUUAGCUCAGAGACUGGAGUACCCCCAGCCCACGCACAGCAGGUCCUACCUGGUAUGGCUCAAGGUUUUGGGGCCCAGUCAAGUAAUCCUUUUGUAGCUGCUGGUGUCACCCCAGCAGCAGCACCAGCCAACCCAUUCCAGAACAACAGAGUCGCAAGUGUGGCCGCUGCAGCCACAUUUGGCACAGCUUCCCUGAGCAUGCCUGCUGGAUUUGGCAACGCUGCAGCCUACAACCUCCCCACCAGUUUUAGUGGAACCUUUCAGCAGCCUUUUCCUGGCCAGGUGCCCUUCCCACAACCUCCACCGUAUCCCCAGCAACCCAACGGUGCAGGAUUUUCAGUUUUUGCCCAGGGCAAGCCAGUGGUGACUCCUUUUGGGCAGGCGAUGGCUGCACCAAUGAUGUCCAGCAACCCUUUUCUGGGUGCAGGUCCAACUGCGCAGUAUCCAACAGGAGGUUCUUCAACAAAUCCCUUCUUAUAGCGUCCCAUCCAAUCAGCUCCUCUUACAUGUCGACUGCUGACGCUUGCACCUAUUUCACUGUUUUGUUUCACAGGUAGCUUUAAAACACAAUGUUUGCAUGGAAGGUUGGCAAAGAUUGCCCAGUAUGAGAUGUGACAGUCAUGACACUGUGUUUGCUAACAGUGAGUGCAGAGGGAGAGGUUGAUCCCCUCCUCUCUAUUUAACCUGUGAAUGGGCCUGGCCUCUUCCAGACCGCAAUGGAUCAUCAAACUGGCUGAAAAACUUAUUGCAAGCAUUCUAGUCAAUCUCCAUGCUGAAACUAUGAAUAUUUUGUCUUUCAGGAAAUCCGCUUUUUGUGCAUAUCAGUAUUUGUAUUGAACACAAGAUUGUUGAUGAUGUUCUAACUGCACCGUUGCUUGGAGAAGCCAAGGGGUACUGCCAGUUGCUGUAUUUGUAUAAGAACCAAAUUGUUUAUUUGUGCUGAAUACCUUCAGUUAAACCAGAGAUGUAAUGCAUGUUCUCUUGGCAAGAAAUGUAAGCGAGAAUGAAUUAAUGCCGCGUUACGUGCUGGGGACUUUCUGCCAGGCUCCGCCCUUUCACAGUGUCCUCUAUAUCCGUGUCGAGAUGGCUCAUGAACUGACAACCACUUUACAUAGGGAAAAGAGACAAUUUUAAAUUAAUUUGUAUAUACAUAAAGUAUAUAUAUAUAUAUUCAAAUGAAUUUUAAGAAUUGACCAAACCAGUCAUUUAUAUUGAUGUAUGACUGUAUUGUAUAUUUGUGCUGUUUAUAUAAAUAUAUAAAAAGGGUUACUUUUUUUAUGGCGCUGCAGUGAGUCAUUACUUUUUAUCUUGACUUGGAGGUUCUAAUGCAUGGUAACAAUAAAAAAAAAAAUACAAGGGGUAAAUGCAAAAUGAAGAAAUGUGAGUGAGACGAAAUUUAUUGCAAACAGCCAACAAAGUGAACUCAGCUGUUCAUCAGCUGAUCAAAAGUUUAAGAGCCAAAAUCUCUGCAAACGUGGAUUCAGUGUCAUUUCAGGUAUUAACACCGUCAUGAUCUCUUGAUGGCAAAGGCAAAAAAGUGUUCUCUCUUGGGACGCAGUCGGAUGGUUGAGUUGCAUAAGCAAGGCCUGUCGCAGCGUGCCAUUGCUGCUGAGGUUGGAUGUAGUAAGACCGUCAUUUUGAACCUCUUCAAAGAUCCUGAGGGUUAUGGAAGUAACAGUGAAGUGGUGGACCCAAGAAAAUGUCACCAGCCCUGAGCUGGAGGGUGCGGCUGGCCGUCCGUCAAGACACGAGACCAUCCUCGGCCCAGAUGAAGGUUGUUACUGGUGCUGAGUGCAGUCCAAAAACCAUUUGGAACCCGUUUAGAAUUUGCUUGAGAGCACUAAACAUUGGGCAUUGAAAGGUGGAAGAAAGUCCUGAUGGCUUCCAACGUUACUGGCAUGACGAGGCGAUCUCACCUGAGCUGUUUUCCAUAUGGCACAAUGGUGUCCUUUUUUCUUCAAUGGAACAAUGACGCUUCAUGUUGUGCAGGGGCGUCAAAUGGUCGUUCACCCAGUAAUAGGGAACAUGAGCUGGGUUUAGACUGUUCUGAGACAGGUUAGUUUUACCCUACUGAUGUAUUGUUGCAAUAGUAAUCCUGUUGAAGGGGGCACCCUUCAUGACUGAAGGGCCUCGUCCGUGCGGUAAUGACUGGGUCUUUCAACAAGACAAUGCUGCAGUUCACAAUGCCCACCUGAAAUGACUUUUUCCAGGAAAUAAUGGAAUAAUGUCACUUUUUUUGACCAUCCUGCGAGUUCACCUGAUCUAAAUCCAUUUGAGAACAUUUGGGGGUGGAUGGCAAGGGAAAUUUACAAACAUGGACAGAAGUUACAGACGGUGGAUGUCCCCCAUGAAACCAUUUUCACCACCUGGAGCAACAUUCGUACCAGCCCCCAGGAAACACUGGCAUCAAGCAUGCCCAAACCCAUUUUUGAGAUGAUUAACAAGAAUGCUGCAGCUAUUCAUCACUAAGUCCAUCACAGUCUAUCUAGCCGUGUAUAAACAAAACAUGGAAAGUGGGUUGAUACUUUACAGAUCAUUUGGUGGCCUAUUCGUAAUUGUUCAUAUGCUUGUUCUUGUUUCCUAGUCUGUACAUACAGAUUGGAUUGGUGUCCUAUUACAUUGUUUUGAACACGCCACUAGCUGCGUCACUAUGCCAGAGAAAUAGCUCUUUGUGUUAGCAGCUACAAUAACAAUGUUGAAAUUAACAUUGUUGGCGUUUUUUGAGUUUUUUUUUUUUUUUUCCUCAGGGCUAUAUAGUCCAAAUACUUGUAGGUGUGUCUAGUUAGACAGAGAAAGACGUGUGGUCAUGUUUCACAUAAAGAUUGUGGAUGAUGGGCAAAACUCCCAAAAAACUUUCCCAAAAAGGUUUUCCUUGAGACUUUUGAUCAGCUGAUGAAAAGUUUUGCGAUUUGCAAUAAAUUGCUUAUUGAAAAACUUUUUGGUCUCACGUUUCUUCUUUUUGCAUUUUGAAGCUCUACUUAGAACCGACUUAAGAUCCAACAAAUGGAAAUUCUUGCACGUUUUCAACUGGCCUUAAAAUUUAGUUCAGGAGUGUAUUUCAGGUUAGGUGAGGCUAGGUUCUGGAUUCAGUUCAGUUUCAUUUUUGUCCAGGGGCUUCAAUUCUUUGUUGCCGCUUCGUGUUCUCCACCACAGGGCAUGCAGAGCAAAAACGACAGCAAUGGCUGUGAAGUAGCUGGAAUAUAUGGUGAACUGCCAAAGUAAAAGCAAAUACAUUCAGCAAUGCUGUGAAUACGUCAACAUGCGGCAUUUGCUGGCUCACCUGAAGAACAACGUCCAGCGCCAGUCCUUCACUGUCAACCACAAUAGCAGUCAUGAUGGUCUGUAGAGUCAAUGCAGCAAAAGUAUUGGCUCCAA